AUGGCGCCCACAAAGACCAAGGAAUCAACUUCGAUCCCGCUAGCAGACUAUUUUUUCAUAUCCGGCAUAGAGUCGACCCAGAUCUACGACGAGAGAGAACAUGCCGCCGCAUCUCCCCCACCGGUAGACGAGACGAUUGAGGAAGACAUUGCCCUCGAGACAGACAGCACCACAUCGCCCAGGCCUUCGACACCGAACUCGCCCAACACAGUCGGCGCCAAAAGGGGGUCGUCUCGCUACAGCUGGGAGGCGCGCAAGAGCAUUAGCAGUGUCAUUGGCCCUGGUGAUUUCAAACCCACGCCCAGCAAUCGAAGCAGUGCGACCAUCAAGGGUAUACAAACAGAGACUCCGGCUCUCAGCGACGAAGACUUUGAGAUUGCGCUUCGCAAGUUUGCUUCGGAGAGGGAGAACUUUCUUGAGGAGAUUCAGGUGCAGGCAGGAGCCGUGGUACCGCAAGCUUCGCGGACACCAAAGUCUAGACCGCGAACAGUACGCAUCACAAGCGCAGAAGAUGCGGCAAAAGAUGCGGCACAGAAGGGCGGCAUUGGAGGACUAAGGAGGCGUCUGUCGACCAUGAACAGCAUGAAGAGACAACCCUCGGUCUCCGUAUCGAGACAACCUUCUACACGCACAUCCAAGCGCCUGAGCGGCUACAACUCUGUUAUUCCCACGCCGAAACCCUUCAAAGCCUCGCCCGACAUGCACCCCCUGAAACGACGAUACGAACCCGUUCUGCUUGACAGAUACCCACCAAAAGCCCAAGAUAACGAGACGAAGCGAAGAUGCCCUUUCCCCGACUAUGUGCCUAUGUUUGCCUUCCCCAACGACGUCGUAGUCGUUUCGUCCGACGAGCGUCCGCGAUCGACCUGGCACGGCUUUGCCAUGACAACAGGAGACGGUUCCAAGCUGCAUGCUAUUUGUGUGACAGUGUGGAUGCCGCUGAACGAAACUGCGUCGGUCGAGCUCGAGCGGCAAUGCGAAGCAUGGCGAAAGGCAAACAUGAGCGACGAAGAGAGGGAACUAGCAAGCAGCUUGGGAGAACGUCUGGCAGCUGAAAGGGCAAAACUUUCGAGACUACUAGCCGAACUACCCAAUGCUGCCCAAGGCUCGGUUGAGAGGGACACGCUCGAUGAUCAGAUCAGCGCAGUCGAGGAGAAAAUCUCUCUUAUGGCUGAUCUAUUGCGCCCUGUGCGACAUGGAGCCGCUUCUAAAAUUGAAGGUCUUACUGAUGGCGAGAGUGGCUUCUGGAUCCCGCGAUGCUAUGGAGUGCUCGGCAAGGAUGGCGCCAUGACGAGCUUCUGGAAAGAGUGGCUCAAGGCCAUUGUUACGCCCAUGACAAACGGUGCCGUACUUCGCGUACCACCAAGCUCUCCCAAGAUCGGCAUGUGGCAGCCGCUUGAACGAUACGUCGUCAACUUGUGCGUAGAAGCUCCCAGUCCCAUGUCUUCGAGCACCCAGAUCGAAGUCGCCAUACGUGAGCUGCGCUUGUACGCCAGGAAAGAGGCCGAGAACGAAAUUCCAGGUUCACGAAACGCCGACAUCUACGCUCUCUUCCGGUCCCUUUCUUUGAACAACAUUGUUACGUUGUUCGAAUAUGUCCUCUCGGAAUCACGCAUUAUCUUGCUCUCCUCGCACACAUCUAUGCUGCAUCUUGCGAGCGCUGCCAUCACCAGUCUGAUCUACCCUCUGAAGUGGGCUGGAGUGUUUAUUCCUGUCCUUCCAGCACGUCUGAUCCAAGCUCUUGAAGCUCCUUGUCCCUACAUUGUGGGUGUAGAGCGAAGAUAUGAGAACCUUGAAUUUCCUGAUGAUGAUUUUGUGCUUGUGGACCUGGACCAGGAUACUAUCGAAAGCACGGCUAGACCAACGCUCCUGCCUCGCCAGCAGCGCAGAAAGCUCGUCGCUUCGCUACAAGCAGUCGCAGCCCACCACAUACGUUACGGCGUACCUGUCGGACCUCCCUCGUACGCCAUCGAGACUUUCCCCAAUGACGCCUUUUCUUCCGAAAACCCUCAGAUUUACAGCCAAAGAGCCACUCCAUCGAGUCUGGCAUCUUUGGUCGGAGCCAACUCUGCAGCUUUCUCAGAAUUACCCGUGCCUAUCCAAAAUCGCAGCAUCAUCCUCAAUGCCUUCCUAAACUUUAGAACUACCUCUCGAGGAAGCGAGCACCCGUCAACAAGCUCUCUCUUUGCCACUGCCAACAUCAAUGAAGCUGAAUAG